AGAAAAAACCGCCAUUUGCUGUGAAAUUGUUUUCAAAACAAACAAAUUGUUUGAAUUUAAUUUGAAAAAUUAUUUAAGAAAAUGUCGCGAAAAAUCAAAUAUAUUUACAGUGAUAAUUUAAUACAACAAGCGGACAAAAAUCCAGCUGUAAAAGGCAGGGCUUCCUUGACCCAUAAUCUACUGUUAUCCUAUGGUUUGCUAACACACAUGGAAAGAAUAAGACCUUUGGUUUGCAACACGGCUGAUUUAAGAGCAUACCACCAAAAGGAUUAUAUAAAACAGUUGGAGGUUUAUGAGAGUAAACUUGAAAAAUUGGAAAAUGAAAGAGACACAAAUUCAGCUUCGCAAUUAGAAGAGGAGGAGGAAGAUGUUAUAGAUUGUUCAUUUUUAUCCGAUUGUCAUGGUCUCUCCUAUGAUUGCCCUCCUUGGCCUGGUAUUAAACAAUAUGUUUGCACUAUUGCUGGCGCCACUAUGACAGCGUGUGAUUGUUUGUGCAAGUCUGCUGAUAAAACCGAAGUCAUAAUAAACUGGUGUGGCGGUUGGCAUCAUGCCCAAAGGGACAAGGCAGCUGGUUUUUGUUAUAUCAAUGAUAUUGUAUUGGGCAUUUUGGUAUUGACCAAGAAAUUUAGAAGAAUUUUAUAUAUAGAUCUAGACAAUCAUCAUGGUGAUGGUGUGGAGAAGGCUUUUGCCAAUAGCAAAAGAGUAUUUUGCUUGUCAUUUCAUCAGCUGGAGUGUGGUUACUAUCCCGGCACAGGAAAAGCUGAGGAUAAAGGUGGUGAUGGAGCUUUAGGCUACUGCGCUAACUUUCCUUUUAAAGCGGGCAUUACAGGCGACAAAUACAUAAAAUAUUUCAAAAGAAUAUGUUCCAAUAUUUUUGCUUUAUAUCAACCCAAUGUUGUGGUUAUACAAUGCGGCGCUGAUGUUAUUGUGGGAGAUCCUUUGGGAGGCUCUAAUUUAAUACCGAACGACGUAAUUGAAUGCGUGCAAUAUAUCUUAAGUUAUCAAUUGCCUUGUUUAAUAUUGGGUGGAGGAGGCUAUCAUUUUCCUAAUGCUAGUCGUUUUUGGUGCUCCCUGACGGCUGCAAUUUGUGAUGUCACUUUAAAUGAAGACAUUUCGGCGGAUAAUGAAAAUUUUUUAGAAUAUGGACCGGACUAUUGUUUAACCAUAAAAAGAGAGAAAUUCUUAAAGGAUUUUAAUACCGAGGAGUAUUUAGAGACACAAUGUCGUAUUAUUGAAGAUAAUUUGAAAUAUUAUAAAGUACAAGCUGUUUAAAAACAUUUCGC